AUAUCUUAUAAAGUGUUUAUAUUACAUUACUGUAAUAUAUCGCUCUUCCCUAAUGCUAUAUGGUUGACGUUGUAUGUUCAUAUCUUCGUUUGCUUAUCUGUUAUGGUACAUUGCUAUCUACAGUAUCCUUAAUAUUUACAAAACCAUGUUUAAUGAAAUUUUUUUUACUGAAUUUAAGCACAUAGUGUAUCCUUCUUUAAUGAUUUGUGCUCAAUAUUUGCUUUUAAAUGGUGGAUUUCCUCCAAAUUGUAAUAUUCCUCAUUAGCAUGCUUGUCUUUUAAAGGCAUUUUAUUAGUAUCUUUUUAUAUAUAUUUGAUGUAGUAUUGUCCUUUUCAUAUAAUUUUAACAGAUAAAUUCCCCCGAACUUGAUACUUUUUCACACUACAUGUUGUGGAUAUGGCUGCAGUGCUGGAAGUUAUUACAGCGCUAGAGAAAGCUAUUAUAACCAAAGAAGCAUUAGAGAGAACCAGGAUUGGUAGAUACAUAAAUGAAUUGAGAAAAAGGACUAAUAACGAACAAUUAGCACGGCGAGCAAAAGAUCUUGUGAAAAGCUGGAGGAAACUUCUUCCACAAACACAAGAACGAAUAAAUGGUGAAGAUACACAUAACAGUAUUUCAUCUCCUGGAAGCAUGACUGUAUUAGGACCAGGACCUGGUCCAGGUUUUGGUCCUGGACCUGGACCGGGAAAUAGAACUAUAAAAAUAUGUGCAUCAGUGCCUGGUACGCCAAGGUAUAAAACCUCAAGUCCAUCGAUCAUAAUUGAACGUUCUUCUAGUCCCUAUUUCUCUAGUGCCUCAAAUAGCCCACUAUUAAAUUCUGCUGUGUUUCAGGGAUCAAAUUUAUCAUCUAUGCCAUCUAACUAUGCACCCCUUAAAGUUGGUUGUCAACUAAAUAUCCGAACAGAUUCAAACUCUAUUAUUAAUAAAAACUUACUAAUUGUAAGCAAUCAAAGUAAAAAUAUGCAAGUCUUUGCACCUCUUAGUCCAUCAGAUCUUAAGGAAAGUAGCAAUAUAACAUCUAGUGGAAUAUGUACUGCUUUACAGAAAAGUUCAUCCAAUGUUAGUCCUGGGCGUAAGAGUAAUUCUAGCUCUAUUAGUCCUUCCAUCAGUGUAUCACAAAAUAUGUCGCCAAUAUUGGCUUCUACAAAUGCCCAUUCCAGCUUGGACAUUGCUAAAACUAAUGCUGCUAAUAAACGCCUACGGAAAGAAAACUCUUAUAGCAAUUGUUCAUCUCCUGAAAUAAUAGAAGUGAUCACUCUUGAUGAUUCUCCUAUUGGAAAUGGUAUGAGCGAGGUUAAUGAAAAUGUGUCACCUAGUGAAAGUUCCAUUAUAAUUAAUUCUUCUGUUAGCAAUUCCAAUUGUGUUACAAGUGAAAAAUCUCUAACUACAAACUUAAAAACUACAAAGCGAAAAAGGAGCUUUGAUAAAAAUGAGCUUCAUGAAAACAAGUUAGGAGAUGUCUUAGCUUCCCUUCCUUCAGGCUCAAAACAUCCUAAAGUAAAAACAACUCAGCAAUUAAUUGCUGACUUGCAAGCAAAAAAAGGUUUAAAUACUGUACUCUCUCCUAAUAGUCUAACCUCAAUUGACUCUCUUAACUGUUCUGAAGCUGAAAUGUCACGAACAAAAUCUGAGUUGUUAAAAAAGUUUUUGAUUCAAUCAGCUAGGAAUGAAAACAAUGUGAGCCCAAUAAAUGAUUCUAGUAUAUCAAAUUUAAGUGACUACAAUUCACAUCUUGUUUCAGAUGUUCCUUCUGUGAUAAAUACUAACUUGGAAGUUUCCUCACGCAUUUCUUUUCCAGAUCCAGUUGAUGAGGAAAUUAAAAGCAUACUUUCAGCUUUGCCUCCAAUUAAUCUAGCUGAAAUUGAUCUUGAAGAGGCCUAUUCUUCACCAAGCCAAUCUGUGUCUGUGACAGAUGAUUUAAAUAAGUUGCAAAAUUCCUGGGAGUUUGUGAACGGUAUUUAUGAUUGUCAUGGUAAUUGGAAGUCUUGGGUUGAAUGCAGUGAACAAAGAUCUUACCUAGGGGAAAGCUUUCAAGUAAUGCCUUAUGUAAAUACUGAUUAGAUAAUGAAUUGUUCUAUGGUGAAGUCAAGGAAUUGAUUUCCUUUUUUAAUACCAUAUAAAGGAACCUUUCUGAUAAAGAGUAUAUAUUUCAUAUGGUUUAAUGAUGUGAUAUCUAAAAUUAAUUUUUAUAUCUAUAUUUUUUGUUACAGUUGCAGUACAGCACAUUUUGCCUUCCUUUUUUUUUCUACAAUAUCUUUUAACUGGUUUAAGUUAAAUGUUUCCUUAUCAACAUUAAACUAUAUUUUUCUUCUUAAAUGUUAUUUUUAUGAAGUGAGUUAUGCAUUGUUAUUUGUCAUUCCACUUUCGAACUACUAUGUCCUUUAUGUUUGAAAACAUAGAUUCUAAUUUUUCUAUCUUUUUAAGUGGUGAUGGCAAUUGAAAUUAAAUGAUUUGUUAAACUGUCUGAAUUAAAAAUAUAUUUUUUCUCUGACAUUCUUAUCUGUUUAACUUAAUGGAUGGUUAACCAAAUAAAGCUGAGCAAAAAAAAAAUUUGGAUUAACAUUUCUGGUAUCAAGUUUACAUCAAAGCCAGAAUUCAAAUUAUUAGGAAUUGAUUAAUUUAUGCAGAUUUAUUGCCUUAUGAAGUCUGUUUUAAAAUUUCAAACGACAGAGUUAAAAAAAUAAAUAAUAAUCCGGAAUAAAUAGCUUAAUUAAGCAAUUACAUCUGAAACAUAGUAACUCGUUUCUUUGAUUAAUUGUAAUUUUUUUUUUUUUUUCAGUUCUGUUUAUAAUUUAAGACAUGAUUAAGUUAACCGAACUAAUAAUAUCUUGUAAAAUCUGCUCAGAGAAAAACUUAUUCUACCGAAUGUUUAGAGGAUGUUUCACAAAACUUCAUUUAGUUUUAAGAAUCUUGGUUAUUAUCUAUUAACCAUCCAUUAGACUUAAUCCGGGGUUGGUAUAAAUUUUUUUUUAAUCAAGAUUUUUUUUACUUAUUUGAAUCUAGAUUUUUUUAUAUAUAUUUGCCUUCUAAGCUCUGGUAAAAUGUAUUAAUAUUAUACCUAGGACAAUUAUUAAUUCUAACUAAAGUGGUUAAAAUUAUUAUUUAAAUCUUGCAAAUGAAUUGCUCUGAAUAAAUGCAGUCCAUAAGUUUUAUUCAAGCUCAUCAGCACCCUAAUGAAUUUGUAAAGACCCAAUUUGUCAGUCAGAUAUUAAAGAAUAUAGUAGUUUAGAUAAAGAAAUCAAUUAUUCUUUACAGAAUCUUUCAUUUUUUAAUAGAAAAAAAUGAAUAUUUAGUGUUUAAAAAGUGCUUUAAUUUAAAUAAACAAAACUGAAAGAUUAUAAUUGAAAUAUGUUUAUUAAACAGCAAUUUAAAGUUAAUAAAAAUUUAUAAUUUUAAAUUAUCACUUUUAUCAUUAAAAAAAAAUUUCCAUCAAUGAAAUCAAACAUAGAAUUAAAAAAUCCACAAUUUAACUAAUAUAUUUAUAAAUUAAGUGGCAUAAAAACUAUUUUGGACAGAAAUGAUUUUGAAAGAAAAAAAAAUCAGGUUAUUUUAAUCAUGCCAACCCUGUUAAUUUCCCUGUUACUUCAUUUAGGAAUCAUCUGUCUUUACUUAUAAAUUUCCUCUGAUCUGAAUUUCAGGGAAUUUUUUAUACAUUUAUAAUCUUAAAAAUUACUUUCAUUCAAAUUUAUUUAAUUUUUUUCUGGUUAAUUUAGAAUUAUAUUUUUCAUUUCUUAAACUAUGUAAAUUUCUGUUGCUUUAAAAGAAAAAUUAUAUUUUAAAAUGAAUUCUAUGGAUAUAUUUAUUAGUCAAUUGUAUUUCAGAUGUAUUAAAUUUUUUAAAUUUCUUUUAUUCUAGUCACAUAUAGUUGGGAUUUUUUUUUAAUUCAAUUAACUUUUAUUUGAAUACCCAGUCCUCACCAUUAUUAAGCAUUAAGUUUUUUUUCUUUCUUUUUUUUAAUUAAGUAAGGUCUUAAUUUUUGUAAAAACCUUUAGUUGUGCAUUGUAGUUUUGCAAGCUAUAAAAUCAACCUUUUUGCGAAGGAAAAUUGGUAUUAUCACUUACAAAAGUAAAUAGUCUGCAUUCUUACUUUUCAAUUUACAUAUCUAUAAAAAAUGUAUUUUAAAGAAAAGUCAGACUACUUGAUUGUUUACUUUCCUAAUUUUCUGGGAGCAAAAAACUUCAAUUCAUUAUGGCUGACUAUGCAUAUUAAAGUGCCAUGUAUUUGCCUUUAUACAUGAGUAGGAAAUUGAAAUAUCAGGAAAAGUUCUAUUUUGUCAUUGAUGUUUUGGUACAAAUAAUUUUAAAAUAUUUUACGAUUACAUUCUAUUCUUUAAAUCUCAUAUUGUUAAAUUGCUUUUGUUCUCUUUAUUAAUAACUUUGAUUUAUUGAGACUUCAUAUAGAAAAUCUUAAAUUGUGCUUUUUUUUCCAUUCAUUUAAUACUUCCUAUUUAUAACACACUGUGCCUGUAGUUAUUAUUAGUUGGCUGUUAGUAUUUCAAAAAGAUAUGUUGGUUUAUAGUAGUCAAAAUUAUCUGAAUUAGAGAUCUGGUUUUUGGAUGUUUAAAACUAGUUUUUAAACUAAUUUUUGGCCAGGCAUGUUUUACUUUUAAAAAAAAAAAAAUUUAAAUUUUAAGGAUUACUGCACACUAUUUGAAACCUUUGAAAAAAGUUUAAGUGUUUGCUGAAAAUGAUAAGUUUUAAUGGUGAGUUUUCGAAUUUUUUACAGUAUUUUUCCUUUUGCUGAUAAUGUCCUUAAUAGUGCUGCCUGCAUAUUAUUCCUGACAUUUAUGCUGUUUCAAUACUGCUAAAUUAAAAAACAUCUAUAUGCCUUCAUAUUUAAAUAUUUUUGACAAUAUUUAAUAACCUUCAUAUAACAUCCUGAAUGACCAGAAUAAUUACCUUUUUCAGAACUUGUCUUUUACAUUUAGAAUUUUCCAAUUUUAACAAAUUUGUUAGUGCUAGCUUUUUUUUUAUUUAUUUAAACUAUCUAUAUUUUUAGUUUCAUUUUUAAUUGAUAGUUAUACAAUUUGUGUUUUUUAUUUUACAUAAAGCAAACAAAUUUAUCUUUGUUUAUAUAGUUACAUAAAAAAAAUUUACCAAUUAAUCAUAUUGCACGUACUGUUAUUUUACUCAUUUUACAAGUAUCUCCAAAUGAAUUUUAUUUAAAAUUGCAAGACUUUUGUUCUGUUAAAAUUUUUAGCUUAUGAACUAUAAGUUAUUUAUGCACACAGCUAUAAGUGAUGCUGAAAAAAAUAACAGAAUUACUCCAGGUAUCAAUAAAAGCCUAUUGCAGUGACUUCAAAAUGUUCAGUAUUAUUUCUAGUGUUGUCACAAAUGUUAUUGUAAAAUGAUUUAUUGCUCUAGAAUUUAACCAGUGCUCUGAUUCAACUGGUUCAGAUAUCAGUCUUUAAGAUAGGAAAAUUUGAAAUAUAUAUCCUAAAAAUUUGAAUCCCAAAUAAAUUAUAUAAAUCAUUUUUAAAAAAUUAAUGUGCCAGUUUCGAAAUGGUUUGAAACCAGUACUACAUUCAACUUUGUUUUGGGAUGUACUGUAUUUUAGCUUUGAACCUUUAAAUCACCCAAAUCCGACCUACUCUGAUAGCUUUUGUAUUUAAUAGGUAACAUAUUGCUCUAACAAAUACUAGGCAAUAUUUUAACAGCAACAAUGUUUUAAGAAACAAGAAAAAAUCCUUAACUUUUAUUAAAAGUAUGCUGUCUAUAAGUGGAGUUUUGAGAUACGUUGUUAACCCUAUCAAUUCAUUAUAGGAUUCUUAUAUUAUCGGGAGCAUGUCAAAAGGUAAACUGGCAGCCACAUUGUUUAAUUUGUUUACUCAGUCUAAUUCUAUGAAAAUCUAUCUUUUCUGAAUCCCCAGAAAAAAAGUAAUUUAUUUUUAAACAUACUGCCUUAUUUUCUUAAGAGUAUAACUGCGAUUAAUUGAAUUCCCAAUAUAAAAAGUGUCUACUCAAGGAUUUUGAAAUUGUGUACUACAGUAUACUUUGUAGGCAGAGCUUCUUAGGAAUGUGUGAAGCAUUACAAAUGGAAGGUUGAGUCAAUACAACAAGCUAUAUUUUCGAAUUGCUUUUUGAGUGUUUUGUGGAAAUUCUGAAAACUUAUUGCCAAUCUGAAUACAAUACUAAAGAAUUCUUAGGUGAAAAGUCUCUUUUGUUGGAAAAGUUACCUUCCACUAUUUUGCACCAAAUCAAUAAAAUAAAUAUUAUAUUUUCUAAGUAUUGUUUUAUUGUGACUUUACUUAUACCCUGAUGCAACUAAAACACGCUCCUUUGCUCAUAUCUUUCGUACUGCUCCAGCAGUCGUAGACUGUUUCUGCAAUUCAACUGUAGCAUGAGGUCAUUUAGGUUAGAUAAUAGUUGCUUAUCUAAGAAACUUCUCUUUUGGCUGGUCAUGUGUGCUAUUUUCUUUCUUCACUUAUGAAGAAUUAAUAGGCGUUUUUUCAACUAUGGGCUAGAGAAGAAUUUUUAACUGUCACUUUUGAAGCAACGUCUGCUGCAGAGUUUUGAUCUUAUAAAUAUUGGUGUCUAUAAUCAUCUGAAAUAUUACUGAAAAGCUCUAAAUGUUUCGAAGUAUUAUCAGCAGAUUUGUAAAAUUCUUUUUUUUUUAAGCUCUUUUGAUUAUAUAUUUUAAAUUUAUAUAAUAUGAUACAAAUGCAUUUUAAUGUAUGUCUUAUAUUAGUAAUUCCCAAGUUUUUUGCAAUUUCAAAAUAUUUAUGUAUCGAAAAACAUAACUAAGUAGAUCAUGAAACAUAAGUCUAUAUCAGGAAGAUUUGUUUGUAACUUGUAAUGAAAUAAUACAAUUGCAAUUACUUUCAAAAAAUGAUAAUUAAAGUUUGUCCAUUUAUUUUGAGAAAAGACAAACAACAAAUAUGGAUGAAGAAAAAAAGGACAACAGAUAACUCCAUGUGUGCAAUUACUUGAUAAAUGCUGAUAUGUAAUUUGAAACAUUUGCAUCCCUUAGUUAGAAACUAGGAAACCAUUGUUUAAUCAGUACAUUUACAUAAAAUUGUCACUGAGUGCUUGAAUAUGAACACAUAAUCAGGUUUUUAUCUAGCUAUCCCCCUAGUAUGUCUCCACCACCGCCAUUAAACAGAGUAUCUACUUUGAGAUAAUUCAGAAAUAGUUCGAAGUCAAACUAUCAAGCUGGUCAAGUAACAAAAAAUUUUAAAAUGUUACA